GCGAGACAAGUAUGCGCAGACCAAGAAGCUUUACUGGGUGGAAGUUUCCACCGAUGCCAAGUUUGAGAGAAGCAAGGAAGAGCAGGCGCAAGUGGAGUACGAGUGUGAUGAUGCGCCCGCAGACUUUCUUGGUGACCUCCCUGCGGAUGCCCCGGAGCCAAUGGCGGGCUCAGAAGGUGAGACCCCGCAGCCCAGGAAGAGCAAGAAGAAGAAGCGCACUGACAGGCGCUCCUCCCUCUCCACUACCCCCAGCACUGCUGAGCGCCGCCCAUCCAAGAAGAAGCCUUCGCGGAAGCACUCGUCCGCGGAGUUGGAGUCUGCUUUGCAGGAUUGA